AUGGACAGCCUGUUUCUCGUUGAGUCUGCAUUCACAGGCUCGGGUCUCAACACGGUCAACCUCAGCCAGCUCACGUCGGGCCAGCAGGCCAUCCUCGCCAUCAUGAUGAUCCUGGGCAGUCCUGUGCUCAUAUCGCUUUUCACAAUCUGGUUCCGGGCGCACAUCUUUGAGCAGCGAUUUGAGGAUAUCGUGGAGGCGGAACGGAACAGGAGGCCCGAGACAACUGGGACAAUCGUCGGCAUGACCGGAGUCAUGUUUGGCGCCCCUGUCAUGUCUACAUUUCGGCGGGCCAAGGGACACAGCAACAACAACUCGAGGGGCCCGCCUCGUGCAAACACCAUCAUGCACACGCAACGCGCCGAGGAAGAUGCUUUACAACUCGGCACAUCGAGGGAGAAACUACCGACUCCCCCAGUUCCAGAAGGAGGACCCAGCCCCCUGAACCCGAUCCGAGAAGGCGAGAGUCUCACCGUCGAAGAGCCGCACGCUUCCGGCCGUCCCGUCAGCGCAUACUCGCACGCCUCCAACAACACCACCACGAGGAGACGGCCUCGCACCCGCAGCGAUGCCCGCCCUACGAGCUCGGACGGGUUCGACUUCAGGACCUUCAUCCGCACCAACAAGAAGUCGAUCGGGAGGAACGGGCAGUUCUUUGACCUGACGGACGAGGAGCGCGAGUACUUGGGCGGCGUCGAGUACCGCGCGCUGCGGAUCCUCUUUGUCAUCGUUGCGGUUUACUUUGUCCUCUUCCAGCUCUUUGGCGCCAUCGCGCUGGGGGCCUGGAUGGCCUCGCGAGAACCCAAGCUUGCGACCGCCAAUGCGCAGAGCCCGUGGUGGACAGGCGUUUUCCUGUGCAUCUCGUCGUUCAACAAUGCCGGCAUGACUCUGCUGGACGACGGGAUUGCAGCGUAUGAGAACGAUGCGUUUGUGUUGACGAUUGUUACCAUCCUGGCUCUGGCGGGCAACUAUGCUUUCCCGGCAUUCAUAAGGGCGACUGUCUUCUUUUGCAGCUGCAUGCUCAGGCUGGCGACCGAGGCUGACGAACACGCUACCUGGAAGGAGGCAUUUGACUUUAUUCUGAAAUACCCUCGCCGUCUCUUCAUGUUGAUGUUCCCAGCAAAAGCGAAUUGGACAUUUGUGGCCAUCUGCACUUCCUUGGGCGUGGUCAACUGGGUCAGCAUACUGAUCCUCAGCAUUGGCAACUCUGUUCUGGAAGUGUACCCAGUGGGGAGAAGGAUAGGCCUGGCCUUGUUUCAGAGUUUGACACUCCCGUCUGGAGGUUUCACCGUCAUCUCAGCCUCAAGCCUGUAUUUCGACGUGCUCGUCCUCUGGGUCAUCCUGAUGUAUGUCUCUGCCUACCCAGAGAUCAUCGUAAUGCGCAACUCCAAUGUAUACGAAGAGCGCUCUCUGGGAAUCUACGUCAGCAAAUCAGACGAGGAAUCCGACAAAUCCGAAACCAGCUCUCUGGACCAGCUUCUCUCCCCACACGACCAGCUCCUGCCCAUCCCCCUUUCCGGCGUUGCCUCGACCUCGGCAGUCUCGCAGGCCACCACUCAGAUCUCCACCCGGUCCAUCAAGAAGCUGGCCGCCGUGGGCCGCCGCGGGACGGCGUUUGUGGGCAAGCAGAUCCAGCGCAGGAUGAACAACUUCCAGGGCGUGGGCGUGGCCGCCACAACACCGCGGCCACCACACCUGCGCCGUGCCCCUGUGAUCUCGUUUGAUAAUGACAAGCAAGGGGGUCCACCUGGGGUGGCAGCCACGGCGGCGGAGGAGGGCCAGGUGAGCCUUGUCACGCAGCAUCUUCGGAGCCAGCUGUCGCAUGACAUCUGGUGCAUCGCGCUGGCGCUGUUUCUCAUCAUCAUCAUCGAGACGCGGCAUACGCUCCUGGAUCCGCAGACGUACAGCGUGUUUAAUUUCAUGUUUGAGAUUGUGUCUGGCUACACGAAUAUUGGGUUAUCGCUGGGCGUGCCCAAUGAGUCGUAUAGUUUUAGUGGUGGGUGGUACACGGGGAGUAAGUUUAUCAUGGUGGUCAUGAUGAUUCGAGGGAGGCACAGAGGGUUGCCGGUGGCGCUGGAUCAUGCGGUUAAGCUGCCUGGGUGGGAUAAUGCGAAGAGGCAGCAGGAGGAUGCCGAGAUACGACAGAGUUUGAGCAGGAACAGGGCCAGUUGUGAUGAUUUGGAGGAUCCUUAGCGAUGUGGUGAAUGCGUCUAUGGGCGAAGUUCUCAUUUACGACGUCACGAGUUUUUGGGUAUGAUUAGACUCUAGAAUGCAUAAUUAGAUCAUAGAAUGCCACCAGCUUCUUGCCUUCUUG